AUGGCCUCGUUCCCGAGAGGCAACUCGGCAGAGCAGUCACAGCCCUGGAUACAGGCCCUCUCUGACCUGCACCUCGAGUUCGGGCAGCAGUAUUCCUCGUACAGCUUCCCCGCGACAGCGCCUUAUCUGCUCCUAGGGGGAGACGUAGGGCGGUUGAUCGACUACGAUGGAUACUUAGGUUUCAUGGAGAACCAGGCUUCCCGGUUUGAGAGAGUGUUUUUGGUGCUGGGCAACCAUGAAUUUUACGGCCUGGACUAUGAAGCUGGGGUUGACAUGGCUAGACAUCUCGUGUCUGAGGCUUCUCUGGCUGGCAGGGUUGUUCUGCUACAUAGGACCAGAUGGGAUGAUCCCAAGUCUGAGAUUACGAUGCUUGGUUGCACGCUGUGGUCUGCGAUUCCACAACAGGCGUAUGAUGUUGUGCAAUCCAAGGUCAAGGACUUUAAAAACAUCAAGCAGUGGAGCGUCGAGAAACACAACACUCUUCACGCAGAAGAGCACCUCUGGCUCCGUGAGCAAGUCGCACAGGCAAGCACAAGACAGAUACUGGUGGUGACGCACCACGCGCCGCGGGUCGAGGGCACGUCGAGGCCGCAGCACGUCGGGAACCCGUGGACAUGCGCGUUUGCGACCGACUUGAUGGAUCAAACGUGGGACGGUGUUAGGAUCUGGGUUUUUGGGCAUACGCAUUACUCGACCGAGGUUGUGCUUGGGAGCGGGAUAAGAUUGUUGGCGAACCAGAGGGGGUAUGUGAUGCCGGAGAGUGAGGGAUCAAGAGGGAACAGUGGUGAUGGACAUGUUUUUGACGAUGGUUUGGUUAUUUCCACGUCUUGGGAGGUUGAGAGGAGCAAGUGA